ACUUUAGCUCAGACUGGGAAAUGGGUUCUUCACCAUGAAACCAGGUUUUAUAGUCCCAGUAUGAGAUGAAAUAUAAGAAGGUGUAAUACAGAAGAAAAUCAGAUAAAGAUGGCAUAGGAUAAUACUAACAGGGUUCUAAAGAACUUUUUAAUGGAAAACAAUACAUGAAACAUUAUUUUUUGUUUGUGCUGAGAGUGAGAAGUUAUAAUACAUGGAUUCCCACCGUUAUAUGAUAAUUUUAUAGCCAUGAGCUUCAGUGGUAUAAGUGCUGGCUCUGGGGCUGUCUAUGCAGUUUGAAUUUGUAGAUCAAGAUAAACAUUUAUCCAGUAGAAACCCUUCAAAAAAUGACAAAUCACUUUGAUAUAAAUUAAGGUUUUGAAACUUUCAGAUGUUCCUACACAAUUAGAUUUUUAUAUGUUAUAAUUCUUCCUCGCACUAUUGUGAAAGUUCAGAAAGGGAUUUUAGACCUUUUUUUUUUUUUAAAAUUUACCGAACCAAAAUAUUGGACUUUACGCCACAUAAUUACACUUAUGCCACAUAAUUACACUUAUGCUGACUUUUUUGCCCUCUAUAAUUCUACUGUUAUGGGCUGUAAUUACAGUUCUGCACUACAACUUUCCUGUGUUUAAUAUCCAUUCAAUAAAAGUUUACUAGUAAGUGCAUUACAUGAAUUAAAGGAGGACUGAGGCAUUCCUCAUUAAAUCCUACUUUGGUUAAAUACAGUAUUUGCAAAUCUGCAUGUACACAUAGUGACUACAGCGUUCGCUGACUCAUAAUGUGAAAAAGUCACAGGAAAGGAAAAAAACAAUGGAGAGUUCAUUUGCAUGCUGUCAUUAACACCAGCUGCUUCUAGGAUGAAGCAGCUCAGCUUACUGCUGAGGAGGUGUGAAAUACACACUUCAGGUAAAAGCUGUUACCCUCACGAUCCAAACCCUAAACACGAUUUAAUUAUGAUGCUGUGAACUUGAUUAUGAUUUGUCUCUGACUUGAUUUGCAAGUUUAUAACAAGCUGUACCAAAACUAGAUGUAUGUGAAUAUUGGGUCUCAUUUAUCUAGCUAGAUACACGCAAAUGUAUUUGUAAAUUGUUUGCAAGACCAUUUACACAAGAAAUGUGGUAUCCAUUAAUAUCUGCUUACUUCAGGGAAAAACAUCCUACGAGAUCUCCUGAGUUUGUUUAAAUUUCCAUAUAAGGAGACUCACUAAUGUGAACCUUGAUUGAUAGACUGCAAUUGCAGUUACUAUAAUCUUAUACAUGGACUAAAUUGAAAAGUUUAAAUCACUUGAUCAUCUUUUUCAAAUGCACAAAAUUUUGUAAGAAAAUAAGCCAAAUUUAUUUGUAAACAUCACCCAAUUUAUUGUCUGCUUUGGAAAAAACAUUUGCACACAACUUUACUAAAAGAUUUAAGCCUUUAAAAAGAGACUGACACAUUGCAGGCAUAGUUUAAAGCCACUGCAUGGGCUUAUAAACUUAUAUUUGAGUUACUCAGACAUGAGCGAUUUAUAUGACAGAACAAAAACACACCUUUGUAGUUUCUGUUUACAAGCAGAACCUGUUUCCCAGACUUCCUGCUGUCCUCCUCACCUUAUGUGUCUAAUGAAGUGUUACCAAGUACCCUCUUACUGUUGUAUGUCUCAACAUGCUGUGUGAAUGGAACUCACUGCGCACUCUUGUCAAGUCCUCCAAGUAUUAUAAAGCCUUGGUGUGGGAAUAAAAUGCAAUAUGGUUUCUGCUGAAAAGAAAACAAGUAAGAAAAGGAAAGAUGAAAAGAGAGAGCUGUACAGCGGCUGGGAGAGCUCUGGUGCAGACAACGGACCCAAUGAUGAUAAUGCAUUUCAUGGCUGGCAGAAGUCUAAACAGCACGAGAAAUGCAGAUAUUUGGAUGAAAGGAACAUUGUAUUAUCACCUCAUUUAACUGUUAAGUCCUGGUUCUCUGGCUCAGAGGGGAAUGAUGUGGCAGAAAAAUCAUGCCCAAGAUGUGACACAUCUCAAGAUAAUGCUCCCUCUCAUAAAUCUCCUGUGGCUCUCCCAGCAAGGCCCAACGAUUUGAGCCAAAGCACUUCAGACAUGGAAUGUCUCCCAAUAAACACAAUGUCCACUCACUCAAUGACCCAUAAACAAAAUAUCAUUUAUAGCCCCAGUCCAAGCAUCUUGGAGCUAAAACGGAGUCAGCCGUUGCUACAAUGGGCUCCUGCCACUCGUGAGCAGCCAUCUGAGGAAUCGUUGCCCUGGCGAUGUAAAGGAUUUGCUCCAAUGAACCGUGAAGCAAAAGCUGCUGAACCUCUGCAUCUCUGCAAAUGGCCAGCUGCCCAGAGACUGGAGUGGUGCCAUGAGAGCCUGGCCAGACUGGCACAUCUGGAGGUGCAGUCACCCAAAAAUGCCCUUCCUGCUUGCAGACGUAGGCCAGUGAUCCAGAGGCCAGUUGUUGGUCAUAAAGGUGUCCAGGUGCAUAAACGACAUGUGGAGAAAAGCUUCUGCUGGACAUCAGAAUCCAAAGCCCUGCUCAAUGAUGAUGGCACAAGGCCAGCUACACUAGCAGACCCAUGUAACCAUGCCCUGUAUAGCUGUUUGUGGAGUGCAGUGCAAGCAGAAGCAGAAGGAUGUGGCAAGGAACUGGAGCAGCAAGACGGUGGUCAUAAGGUUCACAGAAACAGUGUGAGCUGGUUGUCGGACAUGCUGUAUCCAUCAGGAUGCCAUGGGAACAACGCGUCCUCCGCCAUUUCACAUGAUAUCACUUUAUUCCACAUUCUCCAAGUACUACAGAGCAAACCAGUAAAUUUCCCACAGGUCAGAGGACAGAGACGCCUCGAGACACUUCCUAGUCUGAAUGCCUGAAUCC